AUGAUGUUCAAAAAGGCGUAUACGGAUCCUUAUGAGGCUUUUGGGGCGGUCGUUAAGGGUAGAAGGAGCCAUUUGGGCGGUCGAGGAACUGGAGGGCCCCCCGAGAACGAGCCUUUGCGCCGCCGCAGGAAUAACUGCCGAGGAGAUGCAGACCCUCGCAGACGAGAUUUCAGCGGGCAAGUUUACUCUGCUGCCGCUGUUUUUGCCGCUGUUUUUGCUGCUACACCUUUUGCUUUCGUCGAGGCACUGCAUUGUUCGCCUUCCGCUUCCCUAGCGGAACCUAAAGCCCAGCGAUCUUUCGGGAUGCGGCCGGAGAUCUUGUUCAGCAAGGAGGGACCUGUCUGGUGGUCUCCCGAGCAGCCGCGCAUUAGCAGUGCAAGCCGACUCUGCGGGAAAGAGCUCUCUUCAGCCGAAGAACGCGCUGCUCUUGAGGCGCUUCACGAGGCCUCUAAGAACCUCCACGAACUCUCGUGGACCCGGCUGCACACUGGCCACUGGGAAGCCGUGCCGCUCUGGUGCCGUGAGGCCUUUGCCGUUGCCUGCAUUCUCCUCAGCUUCUGCUACGUCUCGAGUGCCGCUGUGGCGGUUGCUGCGGCGGAAAAACACGCAGCAGCGGGAAGUGCGCCACAGGCAACAGUCCCGCCAGCGGCUCCUGCGGCAGACAGGACGGCGACAGCGUCGGAAGCGGUGCAUGCCGAUCUGUCGCAGACGGCGGAAGAGGGUCUGCGCCUUGGAUUUCGAUAUGUGGAUUUGGGCCUUAUUAUGGGGGGCCCCAAGAUUCGCCUCUACGGGCCCCUUACGGCUGCCGCUGCUGCGUUCGACGAUCUGCGAGACCAGCUGCUGAAGCUCCAGCAGCAGCGCCAGCGGAACGCCUCGCCAAACACCCGUGGUAGUGGUGGGAGCAGCAGCAGCAGGGACGCUGCCGUGCCUGGGCGCUUGGCUGCGUCUUGCGAAGCCGUUGUCGCCUCGUGCCAGGAAGGGGGGGGGGAGAUCCCCCGAGGCUCUGAAGACGCGGAGAGCCUCAAGACAGCUCUUGGCGAGGCUUCGGCGCACGAGCAUUCGGAUCUGCCUCAGGUGCUCAUUCGCAGACGGCGAGGUUCCGUGGAGGAAAGGACAGCUAUUGACUUCGAGGAGUUUCUGGUGUCUUAUCUGCACAAGCAGAAACCCCUGAUCCUCCGCGGUAAGUGCGGAGCGGCGCGAACAUGGCCUUGCGUCAAGCUGUGGUCAGAUUGGAGCCGUCUCCGGAGACGUCUGGGGCAUCGCCUUGUUCCCGUGGAAAUUGGGAGCUCGUAUGCGGAGGAGGGCUGGACGCAGCGGCUGAUGGCUUUCGAAGAUUUCUACAACGAGUUUAUCGGGACGCCUGGCGGGUCGCCGCCGCUAAUGGGGAGUUGCGCGCAACAUCAAGGACGGCUGACUCUGUGUGCCGCUGCCAUGUGUGCUACAGAGGGGCCCCCGUCGUCCGCUGGGGGCCCCGUUGGGUAUUUAGCGCAGCAUGCGCUGCUAGAGCACUUGCCCUUCCUUGCGAAGGAGGCACCGCUCCCAGAUCUUAUCGAGGCGUGUACGUUCACUCGGCUCAGGGAAUUCAGUUGA